AUGGUCCAAACGACACUCAUCAUGUUCCACUUUGAACAGGAUUUCUCUCACCUAAUUAACGGGGCACCACCCAACAACCUGCUUCAACAAGCACUUAUUGGAGCUCAAAAGCGGUCUUCUGAACAGGAGGGUAGUUUAUCCAGCGCAUUUGAACCAGUGCCGCAAUUACAGCAGGUCGGUGCAAACGUGCAUGAGUUUUACCACCUCCUAGAGAUCUUCUUCACCUGCGUUCUGAAGGCACGAGGCAAGGUAGACGUGCCGCGGGAAACCAUUGGAACGUCAAAUCGAAUUAUUUGGCCUCCACCCCCCCCACCACCACCAUUUCCCGCUUCGAGUUCCUCGUCUCAACUUCCUUCUCCUUCGAUUUCUUUCCCAAAGAAAGCAAUUUCUGGUAGUGAGGAGUCAAGAGAACAGCCGGAGGAAUCUGUUAAUCAGCGCGAGUUUACAACACCCGCUUUGAAUUCUCUCAUCGAAAUGACGCUAUCCAAAACCUAUCAGCUAGGUAAUACGAAUGAUUCGCCAAAGGCCAAAACAUGUCAAAAGCAAGUAUCUGGGGCCUCAAUGACAGGAGAGUUAGGCUCGGGAAGUGGAACGAGUAGUCGAGCACCGAAGAGACGCAAGACUCGCACUACUUUCACUUCCUUUCAACUAGCAGAGCUGGAAGUGUACUUCAGCAAACAGAAGUACCUUACUCCUGCCGACAGAGAUCAGAUUGCUGGUGAAUUGGGACUCUCAAGCACUCAGGUGAUCACAUGGUUCCAAAACCGUCGUGCCAAAAAGAAACGUGAGCAUACUGAACUCGAAAGGGAUCUUUUAGCAACUAAACGGAGUCGAGAGAAGGGACACACCUUCAGCUUUGAGGCUACGCAUCCCUCCCAAGUCCUCCGCCAUUCCACUCCCGCUGGGGCAGCGGCAAUGGCACCAGCGGAGGGGACAGUAGUGCCUCCGCAGAGCUCUCCUUCCUCCUCUGCUUCGUUGAAGGAACCAUCGGUACUACUAUCACCUCUGAGCAAGGCAGACUUUAGUGUCCCCUCGCUUACCGUCUCCGAGCGCCCUUGUCCUGACCCGAGGCCCAUUUGGCGGCCUGUGUGCUUGGAAGACAUCGGUCGGGAAUGA